AUGGUCAGCAAUGCCCAUAUUUUCUGGAACGAUAUCUUCGUGGACUUCAAAGUUAUACAGCUAGCUAUUCUUAUGGAGCAGAUCACGAAGCUCGCUGAAAAGUAUGCGAAUGGCCAGCCUGCGCAUGCGGAGAGUAGCAUGCUCGCGGGAGCUUCACGGAGAAGAAAGUUAGCGGUCGGUAUCGAACUUUCCGGCACGAAGCUCAAGGGCGUUCCCAUCAUCGCGCAGCAAACCGAACCAGAGAAGAAUCGCCAAGCUCGUCGGUAUUCGCGGGAGUUCCACGGAGAGAGCACGGAGCUUGCGCCGUUAAUCUCUAGCAUUUCCAGCUUCCAGGCCAUCCGCGCUCAAGACGAAGAUAAGUCUAUGCCCUCUUCAGGACAAGGAUGGACCGACAAGGAGAAGGUUAGUAUGCUGUCCCUGUACGCAACAAACAUGACACUAACAGAAGCUGCAGCUCGCCUACAUCAUGAUGCUCACCAAUGGCACCUCCAUCGACUGGAACAAGCCGCCCGUCUCCGAAGACCGAACACUGAUCGCCAAGAGGCAAACCGGAUCACUACCGUCAAGUGCAACAGGGCUGUUCUCCUCCGGAGCGCCGAAUACUUCGUCAGACUCCAGCACAAGGACCCUAAGGCGGAUGUCGUCAACUUUGAUCGCCGCGGAGACACGCUUGAUGACCUGGAGGUGUGGCUUGGAGCAUUCCUGCUAGAGGACACUCCAGCGCACUAG